GAUUAAAGGUAACUGGAGUUUGGCAGUCCUUACAUUUUGAUAUGGAUCUAACUAACAUUACAAAGUUUACGCUCUUGAUAAAUAUGACCGCGGUAGUGCAAGAACCUCCGAAGGUUACUAAUGAAGAUGUUAUUAUGACCGUUAAUCCUUACCCUAAUA